AUGUAUGGGGAGAUGAGCCAAAUGGCAUCAGAUGCAGUCCCCUGUGCUAAGAUGAACAGGUUCAUGUGGUGGUGGUACUUGCUGGGCACACAGAAAAAGGGAUCUCACACCUCUUUGUUUUCCAGCCGUCAGCCUGAGCCACCAAAGAAGGAGAAGGAGGCUUCGGCCAUCGCCAGCGCUCAGUCGAAGAGGGCAGAUGAAUGGAAGGACCCCUGGCGCCGAUCCAAGUCCCCCAAAAAGAAAUUGGGGCUGUCUGUCUCUCCCAGCCGUGCCCGUAGGCGCCGGAAAACCUCUGCUUCUUCAGCUUCUGCUUCUGGUUCUUCAAGGUCCUCUUCUCGGUCGUCCACCUACUCUGGUUCAGGCUCCUCACGAUCUCGUUCCAGAUCGUCCUCUUACAGCUCUUACUCUAGCCGCUCUUCAAGACACAGCUCUUUCUCAGGCAGCAGGUCCAGGUCACGGUCCUUCUCAUCAUCACCCUCUCCUUCCCCAACACCAUCUCCACACAAGCCACUCAUGAAGGCUAAAGGGGACUUGUUACCACCUGCUGGUAAAGGUGAAAAAUCAGUGAAGAAACUAGCUGCCCUUCCAGUCCCUCAGCCGCUCGCUAAAAUUACAGCAGCUGCACCAGAGCCAGCCAAACCAGGGGAUAAUAGGGAGGCAAGAAGGAAGGAACGUCAGACCAGAACUCCACCCAGGAGGCGGACCAUCAGCGGCAGCAUCAGCGGCAGCGCCAGCAGCUACAGCGGCUCCAGCUCCCGCUCCAGGUCUCUGUCUCGGUCCCUCUCCAGAUCUCAUUCCAGAUCGUCGUCUGCCUCAGCCUCCCACUCCCCAUCUGGAUCCAGGAAAUCCAGGUCCCUGAGUGUGAGCAGCGUUUCUUCUGUCUCCAGUGCCUCCUCCAGCAGCAGCUCUGUGCGCAGCGCCGACUCAGAAGACAUGUAUGCAGACCUGGCCAGCCCUGUCUCCUCAGCCAGCUCUCGAUCCCCAACCCCUGCACAGCAGAAGAAAGGUAGAGGAAAAUCAAAAAAAGAAGAUAGUGCUAAAGAGGAAAAACGGAAACGGGACGUGCCUGCUCAGCUGAAAUCAGCCAAGCCCACCCAGGGGGGCAAAUCCCAGCAGCUCCUCCAGGCCCAGCAGCCUACGGCCCCCCAGGCCCAGCAAGGGGGCUUCAGUGCUCACAAAGAGAUCAAACUGACGCUCUUGAAUAAGGCAGCUGACAAAGGAAGCAGGAAGAGAUACGAGCCAGCAGACAAAGACAGGCCGACCUCUCCUCCUGCCAAACGGGCGAACCUGUCACCCGACAGAGGCUCUCGCGACAGGAAGGCGACUGGGAGAGCUUCAUCACCCAAACAGGAGCGACAGAGGGGCCAGAACCCAAAACCAUCUCCUGCACAGGCAGACAGGAAGCGCCAGCUCUCGCCGCAGUCCAAGAGCUCCAGCAAAGUAACGAGCAUCCCAGGCAAAGCAACAGAGCCUGGCCCUGCAGGUGCCAAGGGGGGCAAAUCCAGCACGCUGUCCCGGCGUGAGGAGCUCCUCAAACAGCUCAAAGCAGUGGAAGAUGCCAUCGCUCGCAAGCGAGCCAAAAUCCCUGGGAAAGUAUAGUGCUGCCCUGGAGUGACUGUUCACAUUUUUAUAAAUAGCAUCAAAGCGGCCACUUUGGGAUUUUGCAGUUCUGUCUUUAUUUUGGCUGCGGUUCUUUUAAAAAAAAAA